AUGAACGAAAUGCAAGUCGCAAACAGCCAAAUCGUCAUGGGGGACAAGAGCAAGGCGGCUCCGUGGUACUCCAACGAGGUCCAUAUCUCCCCGGAGGCGCGCAAGAUGCUCGAGGAGUACGCCAACGUCCCACCAGACGAGGUCAGGGACCACAUCGCCACCAUGCGCGACAACAUCUGGGAAGUGUUUCCCUACCCAUGCAUCGGCGAGUUCCACUUCCUCGACUUCAAUCUAUCCCAUCGGCCGGGGUACCCGCAGAUGCUCGCGCGCCUCCAGGAGCCGGACGCGCGGCACCUCGACAUUGCCUGCUGCGUUGGGCAGGACCUGCGACGCCUAGUGUACGACGGCGUGGACUCGUCCAAGAUUGUGGCCAUUGAGCUGGAGCAGGGCUUUAUCGACGCCGGGUACGAGCUCUUCCGCGACAGGGGCAAGCUCGAGACGCGCUUCCUCAACGCGGACAUGCUGGACGACGGAGACACGAGGCUCGACGCGAUGGAGGGCUCGUUCGACACGGCGCACCUGGGUCUGUGUCUGCACCUGUGGACGAGGGAGAAGCAGAUGGUUGUGUUGAGGAGAGUUAUCAGGUUGCUAAAGCAGGAGCCCGGGGUGAUGAUCUUGGGCCACGCUACGGGUCACGUUGACGGGGUUGAGCUGGCGGGUGUACACAACAAGCCUUCGCUGAGACACAACCUAGAGACAUGGGAGAAGAUGUGGGCCGAGCUAUCGGAGCAGACUGGGACCAAGUGGGAGCUUAGGACUGAGUUCUCUGAGCAGCUUCAUAACUGGGAGGUUGUGAGGGACCGCCAGUGGGGUAAGGACUUGCGUUUUGUCGGCUUCGAGCUUACGAGAAAGUAA